CGUCUGUUGUCAUAACAAGCAAGAUGGCCGACAAAAUGAACAAGGGGAAACGAAAGCCCAAUUGGUCGGAGACGGACAUCGCCUGUUUAGUGCAGGCAUGCACGGACAAUAACUCGUUAUUGGUCAGUAAAAUGACUAUUGAAGUGACGAACAAGAAAAAAGAAGAGUUCUGGGCGGACACCUGUGAGAAAGUGAACAGCGUUGGCUUGAGCAGCCGCGAAGUUGACGAAAUAAUAAAGAAGUGGACGGACCUUAAGAGUCAAGCGAAAAAAAAAAGAAAAGAACAGGCGGCGGGAAGCGAGUCUAACAGGAGGCGGCAAAACCAGCAUCUGUCUCACAGACUGGGAGCAGAAGAUAGUAGCCAUUCUACCAGAAGAAACACUGGUGGGAAUCGACGGUGGAUUAGACACGUUUCAGUCCAGUUCAUGCUCUAAACAACAAGCAUGUGUUGACGAGGAAACCUCAGGCAUUUCAAUUGGCCACGAGUUGGAAGAUGCGCCAAACAGCCCGUGUGAGGCCAAAUCUGAACAGCAUUGUAAGAGAAGAAAGAUAACAUUGUCUGAUGUGCAGCUAGCACAAUACACGUUCUUCAUUGAACAAACAGAAACAACCCGGUUAAAAAGAAAAUUGAUGGAACAACAAAUUCAGACACAAAAGGCUGCGGAGCAGUACUUCAUUGAAAGCAAAAAAAACCUUGCCCAAAAUGUAUUGGAGAAUUUUUUAGAACAGUA